GGUUGAAUUUUUAGAUAUUUAUUGUCAUAAUAACACGAAUAGGAUAGGUCAUCGUUCAUGAUGGGGAACAACGGACCUACUGACGAUGUCGAAGAGAAAGAACACUUUCAGAGAAUCGUUAACGCUUUCCGUUAUUACAGGUCUUUUUCGUUGCAACGCUUGGCCACUUCAGAAGCUUACGUCUCGUCUCUCCCCAGCCACCAUCAAACUUUACUCACUAGCUAUCGUUCUCACUUGGAAGACAUUAGGACUUGUGUAGAGCACAACUACGAAAUCAUCAAACUUAUCACGGCAGAUGUUGCUACGCUGUUUGAAAAUGUCAAACACGAUGCUGGUCAAGUCAAGUCCAAGGUUCACCCAACCAUGAGUGAUAUGGAAAAGGUCCAAUCUACACUGAAACAAAUUGUAAGGGACUGGAGUAAAGAUGGGGAGGAAGAAAGGUCUGCGUGCUAUAACCCCAUUAUUGAAGAAAUUGAAUUAAACUUUCCACCUGCUCAGAGGCCCUCGGAACAAGUACAAAUUUUGGUUCCCGGUGCUGGACUUGGACGACUGGCGUUUGAGAUAGCCAAAAGAGGUUACAGCUGUCAAGGCAAUGAGUUCAGUCUCUUCAUGCUGUUCGCCUCCAACUUCGUCUUGAACAAAUGUCAGGGGGUCGAGACUUUUCGUGUUUAUCCAUGGACGCAACAGUUCGUCAAUACUUUAUCAGCUGCUGACGUAACCAGAGGGUCUUCCUUCCCUGAUCUUGAUCCAUCAUCACUCCCACGCCAUGCUCAAUUUUCCAUGGCAGCGGGCGAUUUCCUCGAAGUUUAUACAGAAGCAAGCACAUGGGACUGUAUAGCUACGUGUUUCUUUAUAGAUUGCGCCAACAACAUCGUCAGCUUCAUCGAAACUAUUUACAAAAUACUCAAGAGCGGUGGCGUUUGGAUCAAUUUAGGGCCGUUGCUCUACCAUUAUUCGGACAUCCCUGGCGAAAAUUCCAUCGAGCCAACCUACGAAAUGGUUAGAGAAAUCAUACAAGGGAUAGGCUUUGUCAUUGAGAAAGAGCGAACUGGGGUGAAAACCACCUACUCUCAAAACGUCCGCUCCAUGCUCAAAUACGAGUACGAUAGUGUCUUUUUCGUCUGCCGGAAGCCUUGAAAAAAACAAUUUAAAUUGGUUGAUAUUACGUUUCGACCAAUACCAAGAGAACGAAUUUGUACCUGUGUGUGGGGAAUAUGUUUAACUUUUUUUUUUUAAAUAAACAAUACCAGGUUUUUUUUUACAUGGUCUUUCAUA